AUGGACCGUAUUCGCCUGCAAUACGGACUGCCGGUCUGGCAUGCUGAAGCUCAUGACCCCAAAUGUCGAAUUCAGUUUGCGCUUAGGUACUUGUUGGGUGUUGGAAAGACGGAUGGGGAAAGCACCGAGCGUUUGUGGAGCCUACUCAAUCCCGCAAGUUGGUCGACAAAGGAAAUGGGAGAAGGCGCCCGUCAUGAUGUCCUGGAGGACAAGAUCGACCUGAUUAAUUUUGAGAAAAACAGGAGCAUGGGGCGGACACUUGCAAGACGUUUGAUUGUCGCUGUAGCAGAGCGUCAAAGGCAGGGCAUUGAAUUCCAGGAGCUGGACGACAGCGUUCCUAAAAAAAAGGACACGAAUCCAUUUGAAGUCCAGGGUGGGAAGCUCGCCGGGCCUAGUGAACGCGAAAUAAGUGAAGAGUUGAAACGAGCUGAGGUGGAAGAUGCACGAGCCGGAUCAAACCUUUGCUGGAAGGCCAUCCAGUAUGUCAAAGUCUUCAUUCCACACACUCUAUUCACUAUCCCCAGGCGUCGUAUACGGACUGCUCUGAAGGCAAAAAAGUCAGCAGAUCAAGCGAGCCAGAUACAAGAAUUACGUCUAUCUCUGAUCAAACAAAUGCGCACCUUCAAAAAACUUCAACUAACUUACAUGCCUGGGGUUCAGGGUCUUCGCGACGCAGCGUUAACCGCGGAAGAGUGUCGACAAGUCAGCAUGGCGGACUUGAUUGAGACCGAAGCGAAAUUGCGUCGGGGACAGUGUGCAGAUGCACUGGCUGCCUUACGAGGGAGGCUUCAUUCGAAGCAACACAUGAUUUGGUUUCGCGGGGAAAACAUGGUGGGGCAACGUGCAAGAACGCGCUCCGUCACUCUAAUGGCUCGGAUGGAAGAAGGUGUAACGAAGGCCGCUGCCAAAUAUACUGAAGGCUACGAGGCUCUCGUUCACCUCAAAGGCAAACGUUACGCUCCCGAAGUUUCAAAAAUUGGACAAGGCCCAUUUGAACACUCGUAUCGAAAUCGAGAGGACGAAGAUGCAGCAAGAAGCUUACGAACAGCAGACGGAUCGCGACCUACGAGAGAGGAGACUGCUGCAAAAAAGAAGAAAACCAAGACGGCGCCAAUUUCCUGGAUUUGGGCAGCAGGCGGGCAGGCCGACGGGGUUGAACUUCAUGACUCUAUGCGUGUCGAGUGGGCAAAAGCACGUGCACGGAAGGAACGCUGGAACGAGGAGGUUGAAUUGUUGCGAGAGGAGAUGAAGCGGGUCAUGCGAUCAUUGAAGUGGGAGGCUUCAGAAUGGCAAAAACGAGCCGACGAAGUUCGUUCAGACGUUGAUGGAACGACGGCGGCUGGAAUCCGAGCUUAUGCGCUGCGUAACGUGUACCUGCAUACUGAAUUUAUAGUGCGCUUUCGAGAGGAGUGGGACAAAACAAUGGGAGCUGCUGUCCGUCAUUGGGCAGCAGAGGAGGAGCGGGAAAUAUUAGAGGGAACAUUUAUGGCAGAGGGAAUGUAG